AGGAUUAGAUAUUUUGAAGCAUUAAGGAUAGGGGUUACAUGUAACGAUCUUAGCAUCGGAGGCGCAGCAAAAUGGGGAGCUGCAGUGUGGAUAGGAAGAAGGUAGAGAUGUUAGAAGUUGGACCAUGCAAAGAUGGUUAUGAAAAGGGUCUCUUAAUUGGCCGAAGAUUCUCCCACCUCAUAAAGAGUAGAGUGGCCACAGACCUCAUUCUACAAAACCAGCUUCGACCCUUUGCCCACACCCCUCAAUCACACUCACUUCUCAAACCACUUUUUCAUAACAACAAAACCAAAUUCCCAAGGUAUUGGGAUGAACUGUUGGGGACUGCAGCAGGAAGCGCCGUGCCACUACUUGAUAUUUUGCUUAUCAACUUCAGGAAGGAGAUUCUUCCGUUUAUUCCAAAAGAUGGAGCAAAAAUUCCCAAUGUAGAUACCCCAGAUGAUUGCUCAGAUGUUCUAGUUGUCAGUGAAUCUAUGGCCAUUGCGGCGCACAAUGAGGAUGCAAAUGUUGCCCUUGUUGGCCACACCUACUUAAUCAAAGGAAUCUUGCCGGAUGGUCUCUUCUUCGUAGCUUAUACAUAUGCUGGGGAGCUUCCAAGCUGUGCAUUUGGGUUCAAUACCCAUGGACUGGCAUUCACUCUGGAUUCUGUACCGCCGGCUGAAGAUGAGAUUGUGGCUGGUGGCAUUGGGCGCAACUUCAUUUCUCGUGACAUUCUUGAAGCUACAAGCUUGGACGAUGCAGUGAAUAGGAUCCGAUCAUCAGAAGUUUCUGUAGGGCAUUCUUAUAACCUGAUUGAAACAAGCACGCGUAGGAUUUUUAAUGUUGAAACCGCAUCUAGGAAGCGGAUUUCAGUGUAUGAGGUGGGGGAAACACCUUUCUUCCAUGCAAACAUGUACCUCCACCUACCUAUUAAUCAGGUACAAGAUGAGAAUUCAAUUAGAAGGCAGAAAAGGGCUGCUGUCUUGACCAAAAAAUCAAAAGGGGAUUUCCUGUCACUUCUAGGAGAUAUGGAUGACAAAAAAUACCCUAUCUACAUGACAGGUCCAUUGCUUUACACCCUCUGUACCGUUGUUAUCGAUCUGGAUCAACAAACACUAUCAAUUAUUGAAGGUAAUCCAAAAAAAGGAGAUUUUUCACAUGUUUUCUCUAUUUCCCCUCAAAAGUCACCAUGAUUCUAUAGUAGGGUAAAGUGAUUAGAAUUGCAAAAUAACCUGUUACUUCAGUUCCUGUCUUAUGCUGGUCCAUAGAGGCCCCAAAUAUGGCCAUCAAAACACCUCUUAGCUGUAAUCUGAUCGAUCACAAGAGACCUUACCCGUUCAGUAUCAGCGCUUUGAAAAUAACUAGUUUUAAAUGGUAUUCUCUCAAUUAAAUGAAUCAUUACCUUUCAGUGAAUCUCAUAUUUUCUACGAACAUAUAUCUAGUUCAGCUCCAAAUGCCUUUAAUUGAGUGACUAUGUCAGUCACCGUAAAUGAUAGAAGCAAGGAGUAUUGUUUCUGCAUGGCUGAAAUUAAAACA